AUGUCGAAAAAACUUCGUGAUGCUGACGAGAACAAAGCAUCAAGAGGGCAGAUCCACGUGAACUUCCAGGGUCACACGACCACGAGAGAUCAGUCAGACAACGCUGCUGGCCGAAUUCAUUUCUUAUUCAGGAGAAGAGUGAAACGUCCACGUUUCUCACUACGGUACUCCAAUCAAAGCCCUGGAAAAUGCUCUACGAGUUUCUUCAUAGAAAAGGACACCCAUUCGCUACGAGUCCCAUUGUAUUCCGUUACUGGAUCGCUCAACUCUGGUUUGUGCACUAUUCACGUGCUCGUGGCAAGGCCGACACUUCUGGUUUUGAGCAUGUUUUCAUGGGAGAGGAGAAAAACAGAGAGAUCACCGGUCUGCACAACUUGGUUGCGAUUCUACACACUUGAGAAGAACGCAACCGAAAAUUUCGAUUACAAAGGAUUUGUAAUCAAGCGUGGGAACGUUAUGGCUUCGGUGAAAUUCACCUGGAAAGGUGACCUGAAACGAUCCGGAUCGAUCCUGCUUGGCACGUCGCCAGAAUAUGACAUGGCGCUGUACACAUUGUGUUUCCUGUCGAGGCGCGGACGUGAUCAGUGUGAAGUUGAAAUAGACGGAUGCCCUUUAGCAAUCACCAGCUUUGAUAUUGUCCAGAACAACAAGGUGUUCAUCGGAUCGAUCUUCCCAACGGCAGGACCACUCACAGAACAGUGUCGUCGUCUCAGUGGACGAGUUUAG